CUAGACCAGUCAGUUUUCACGUUACCUAGCAACCAGUGUUUUGGACAUGGCGGACAAGCACAACGCAGAAACUAUUAUAACAGAAACUCAGAAGAGGAUAAGUAGUGCCUUUGAGGUGUUUGACCACGAAUCCAACAAGACUGUUGAUGUCAGGGAAAUAGGCACAAUUAUCCGUUCACUUGGCUGUUUCCCAUCAGAAGCCGAUUUGCAUGAUAUCAUUGCUGAGCUAGAAGAAGAAGAGCCCACUGGGUUUGUACGCUAUGAGAAGUUUCUUCCAACUAUGACUAAGAUCCUGCUGGAGCGCAAGUUCCGUCCUAUUACAGAAGACCUGCUCCUUCAGGCCUUUGAGGUGUUAGAUCAACAGAAAAAAGGACACUUGGAACCAGAGGAACUGACCAGAUAUUUAACACAAGAAGGAGAGCCCUUCACACAGGAAGAGAUGGAUGAAAUGCUGUCUGCAGCUGUUGAUCCUGAUAAAAAUGUCAUUCUCUACAAGGACUUUGUGAGCAUGAUGACUUUUGAUGACACUCGAUGAUGGCUGACGGCAUGAUUAGAUCGAACAAAUAAGUAUUUUUAUAACGCUAGGAUCAAGGUAUCAUAAACAAAAUCAUCUCAGUUACCAUAAUAAAUGAUAUACUGUGCAAUUUAUUUUGACUCCUUAUGGAAUGGUAGAUAUCAUUAAUGGUGUUCAUAAUGCCCUAAUACUCUGCUUAAUAAAUAGUUUGGCAAAAUUA